AUGGAUAACUCACAACCUCGGAAUCGACGACUUGUAACCUAUGGCUCUGCUACCAAGAGCCAACCUCCGUUGAACAUCGAUAAACCUGUGCGCUCACCUGCCGCUAGAACAACUCCUAAAGAAAUGCCUUUGCCAAGCUCGUCACGUCUCUCGCGGCCAUUCUACACCAGGUUACGGCGCGACAAGAAUGAAGAUGAACAACCGUCUGGAUCAGAGGAAACAACCACGAAUCGAGGACUUGCACAACCAAAACCCAUCGCAGAAUCUAACGUGUAUGACUUUCCCUCUUCAGGCGACGAACAGAUGUCUAUGGUUCAGAGAAAGCGAAGGCGAUAUAGCCCCAAUGGAAACAAGUCCGUUCCUGCGACUAAGCGAUCCGUGAAGCCAAGCGAGACAGAGAAUGGGGAUCGUAAAGUGUCACCACCAAUGAGGAAGAGGGUGCCCGUGCCCGACAGAAACAAGGUCGUUUCUGCGACUAGGCGAUCCGUGAAGCCAAGCGAGACUGAGAGCGGAGAUCGUGACGUGUCAUCACAAACGGGGAAGAGAGCGCUCAAUGGUCGGGGGUCAUUGGCCAAACAGCCAGAAGUCAUUCAGCAGCCAAGCCCCGUGAGGUCGGCGCCAUAUUCAAGGGCUGGGAGGUCUGUGCGGAGUCAGACUAAGGUAUCUACUCUCGAGAAUGAAAUGGGAGUAUCAACUGAGGAGAGCCCCGGGGAUGCAGAGUCCGUGCGAAAGAGCUCGCCGGACAUCAGCCAGGGGUAUGCCACUAAAGCGAACAUCACCCCUGGUCGUAGGAGACUGAUUGACUCGCUCGGGAUCACGGAACACCCGGUUGAAACAUCUCCAGCGUUUGAAACAUCGCCAGAGAGUCCCGCUGGUAGUCAGCCGUCCCCGAAUCCAAUCCCCCCCGACCGAGCCUCGCCAAGUGCAGCUGUGAAUGAAUGUCCUACCGAAAGCUACGUUCAAGGCUCCCCUGCCUCAGUUCCAUCUAAUUUACGAGGAUCCCGCGUCACCUAUGCACGCCAGCGUUCCUUUUUGGAUGACUUAAUUAUGUCAGAGGAUCUUUCGGCGCACGAUGCUUCCUCUGGCCCGAAGCACCGCUCUCAAUCUGUACAACGUCAGUUGAAUUACGAGGCUACUUCCACUGCCCGUUUAAUCGUGCCAAAUGAGGAUACCAAUGAGGAUGGAUCUGUCCGAAGUAUUCAUGAGCUCAGACAAGCUGGGGGAAACGCUCGUUACCGAGGUGCCGUCGAAUCUAUUUUUGAGGACAUCGAAGAUCCGCAAAACUCGUUGUCGGGUCGAUGCAAUGCUUUCCUCCAACUGUGUGGCAAACUUCUGGAUACUGGGCUCAAGCGGCGAUUUGUCGAAUGCAAUUUUGACAAAAGGCUUGUGGAUUGUCUUUCUAUGGACCUUCAGGUGGUCCCCACUAUUCUGGCUUUCUGUGCCUACGCACUGGGAUCAUCGGAUGGACACAUGUCUUAUGUUCUUGCAACUUCCGCGUGGCCUAAGCUUCUAGAGGCAUCACCUGCCUUAUUAGGCAUGCAAGACGACAUAACAGUGGUCGCAAGAGCUCAAACAAGCGGCCUUUCCCGGCCCUUGCAGAAGACGCUUCAAAACACAACUCCACAGAUAGCUGCUAUGCUAUUUCCUGAUCCUGCAUCCUCGAGACUAUCCCCAUGUACUCUGGCGUUGUAUUGCCUGAAGUCGACGAUUUCCACGAUGCAAACCAAAGGCGAGAACCCUAGUCUCUCCACAUCUCUUCUAAAACAGUUGGUUCAAGUGCUCGUGUCCGAAAGCCAACGUUGUGUUUCACUGGAAAAAAUACACCCAGAGAGCUCUCAGAUACUAUGCAUGGGCUUUUCAAUCUUGGAAGCUUCUACUGCAUUGGCUGAGUCGCUCACAAAAGAGGAUUGGGAUAUCCUAGACCCGCUUUCUGGGCUUCAUAGCCUGCUUUGUUCGGAGUCGGGCACUAUCAGCCAAAUACAACCCCUCUACAUUCGACUUAUCUUGAAUAUCACCAACAGCAACCCCUCUCUCUGUGAUAGAUUCGCAACCCCGGAGAUGGUCGGGGGGCUGGUCCAUAUUGUCUCUGCAAACUUCGGUGAUUUGACCGAAGAUGCGCUUGGGCAAGCGAACAAUUCUUUGGACAGCGUGAUAUUGGCGCUCGGCGCACUUAUCAAUCUGACCGAACAGAGUGGAGCAUCAAGAUCGAUUUUUCUUCACUCUGCUGGUACAUCAAAGCCUUUGCUUGAUCAACUCUUGCAUUUGUUUAUAACUCAUGUUGAUUCCAUCUCCACGGCUCAUUCGGUCUUGGAAGUACACCACAACGUUGCGGUGGGAUAUUUGGCCGUCCUUUUACUAACACUCAGUUUGGAUCUUGAGACCCGGUCCAAAAUCAAGAGCUCACUCGCUCCCAACGGAUUAACAGCGGUGAUAUCUACCGUUGAUGAAUUCCUGCAAUACCAUCAGAAGAUUGAACAAGAAAUCUCCACUUUCCCAACUCAGGGACAACCAGCGAGUGGGUUCCUGUCCAGAUUACAAGAACUUAUCACUCGUAUUCGACUGGCAGAGCAAUGA